UUCUAAUGUGUAUAGAAAGCGUUACCAAGGUGCUAUCGAUUUGUAUGGGCGCUAUGGGCGCAUUUUAAAUAAAUACUAGAACUUUUGUAAUUGCGUACAAAAACAUGGACUACGAUUUAUCAAGAAUCGAUUACACUAUUUCCGGGAUCACAUAUCCCGGUACAUUAAAGAUAUUGCCCGCCCCAGGACCCAAAAUACAACAAAAGUUCGCAAUAGGCGACAAAAAUGGAGUUUUGCAAUGCUUGAGUAUAAAAGAUGAAGAGCCCGUCGUUCAAUUUAAAUCUUUACCCGGGAAACCAAUAACUUCAGUGCAACUUGCUUCAACUACAGGUAGUCAGGCUGAUAAAAUAUUUGCCGCCUCGGGAAAUGAAGUUAAAGGGUAUACGAAAAAGGGAAAAGUUUUUCUCACGAUUGAAACUACGCUUACCGACACCAUCACAUCCAUGUGUGUGGUGGGAGCCGACCUAAUCCUGUGUAGUGGUCGCACUGUGACUUACUACAGAGAUCUGCGGGAAUUCCAUUCGUACGUAUGUGAGGAUAGAGUUCUCGACAUCGCCGCCUUCGCUGCUCCUAAUAGCACUCGAGUGAGGCUCCUCGUACUGAUUGCAAAUAAAGGCGCUGCAAUCUUGGAAGGUGGACAGUUUGUCACCCGAGCCGCCAUUUCAGCAGGACCAAGUCGCCUAGCCGUCCCUCUGACACUUCAUAACUCUGGCAUCUACGCCUUCUAUGGAGCCGUCGAUGGCUCUAUUGGGCUUAUAUCUUACGAAGAAUCAGUUUUAUCGAGCCAAUGCUUGGUGGAAGGCCGAGGGCUGGGGGCAGUAAUGUGUCUCGGUUGGUAUUUCGACAACGGAGGCGUUCACCUUGCUGUGGGCCGCCAUGACGGAUCUAUACAACUGUACCUUAUGGACAUGGAAAACUUCACUGAUAAACCUCGUCUCAAGUUUACUUACUUUUGCGGGGAACCGGUGACUUCGGUAUGUGGCGGAUGCGUGGGAACCGAAGAAAACGAGUUGAUAGCGGCAACGUUUUCAGGCAGAAUAUUCGCACUCAGGUCUCGUCGUCUUAUAGCAGGAGCUGGUGUGUUGGCAAACAUUCCUCAUGAUGCCCUGGCUGCACGCCGCUCGAAGCUAGAAUCAGAGGUAGCACGUUUAGAAAAACAAGUCGCCAAUGAACGAGACAAAUACCAACGAAGUACUCGCUCUUUACAGGCAGGGUUGUCAACUCCCCCACUGCUUGACAUACAGUAUGAGUUGUCUGGUGCCACGCGUGAAGGGUGGCAGGAAGCAAGGAUAACGGCAGCAGUUCCGUUGGACAUGCUGUUCAUUUAUUGCAAUAAAAAACUAGACAUCCAGACUGAUAGCGCUGCGGUGCUAAGCGUUUGCCCUUCACAAGGAAGAGACCAAGAUCUGCUAGCCACAGUACGAUGUCAAGCAGGCACGAGAAGGCUAUGGAUCCGAAUGAGAUACAUUAUCAGCAAUAACACGGGGUUGUCAGCUGAAUCAGUGCGGGUACUCAUUUACGCCUUACCUGCCGGUGCACCCAGAGUGGCCCGCCUUAUUACUUUGCGAUUACCAGCAUUACCUUAUUACUCGCAGCAUGAAGAACCGGAUUCAGAAAAUGAAAAAAGAGCUUGGUGUCAAGUUCGUGUAUCCGGAAGAUUUUCCGUAGCAGAAAUGACAUCGUGGUUAACCGAAGUUCUGCCUGGAGACCUACCAAGACCAGCUACAAAUGUAAUCUUUGGACGUCGACAUACGCUGCUAGGGACCAUUCUAAUUUGUACAUACCAACGGGGAUCAGCAACGUUUAAAACGGACAACGUUUCAACAGCGAUAGUAAUAAGAGACGUAAUUUCCAAUUGUUCAGUAAAGAAAGGCAUUCGCGUGGAAAUAAGUUGUGACGUUCCAGCUGACUGUUGUUCAAAGUCUUUUAAGAGAAUAGAAGAACAAUUCAAAGUGCAAUAUCAAAAAAAUAAGGAUAUUGUUUUGAAGAAAGCAAUUAAUGAUUUGGACUUAGAUUCCAAUACAAUUGAUACGGAGGCUCCGACGUUAUGUGAAGAAUAUUUACGGGUCUGGGAGUCAUCGCAGUCUGAUGAUACGUCCGAAGUUUAUUUCGACGAACUUAUUGAUACCAUAGAACAAUGGUAUGUGGAUUGGCGAGCACUGUCGUUACAUGCAAGUGAGCUGAUCAAUGAGAGAAUGCAGCUGCGUGAAGCUUUACGUCAAUGUUCUUUGGAACAUGCUAUAAAAAUACUUACAAAUGAUCAAUCAACAUCACAGGAAUACUAUUAGUUCAAAUCUAAAUAAAAUAUAUAUUGUAAACUGCAUUAUCAAUGA